AUGGAACAGGCGAAAGAAGCUCCAACACCGAUCGAUCCAUCUACAAAAAUUUCCAAGGAUAUGAGUCCAAAAACAGAAGAUGAGAGGAACGACAUGCGUCAGAAACCUUAUAGAGAAUUGAUUGGAGGUCUCAUAUACUUAGCAAAUGCAACGAGGCCAGACAUCGCAUUUGCAGCCAGCGCCUUGAGUCGUUUUUGUUCGGAUCCUGGAAUAGAGCAUUGGAUUAUUGCUAAGCGGGUUUUAAGGUAUCUGAAAGCAACUUCUCAUUUCGGCAUCAGUUAUAUUAAAAAUCAGGAAAAUCUUCAAGCUUACACAGACUCAGAUUGGGCAGGAGACAUCGACGAUCGGAAAUCAUGUUCUGGAAAUGUACUAAUUUUAUCAGGUGGACCUAUAAGUUGGAAGUCGAAAAAGCAGGCAUCAGUCGCAUUAUCUACCAUGGAAGCGGAGUAUUUAGCACUGUCGGAAAUUUCUCGCGAAGUGAUUUAUGUCAAAAGACUCUUAAGUGAUAUGGGUUUUGUUCAGCGUGCUAAAUCUCCAAUCAAAGUGUUCUGUGAUAAUCAAAGUGCCAUUGAAUUGUCGAAAAAUUGUGUUUUUCACAAAAGAAGUAAACAUAUAGACAUUAGGUUUCAUUUUACACGCGAAUUAGUAGAAAAUAAAGAAAUAAAAAUAAGUUACAUCAGAACAGAUAUGAUGCUUGCCGAUGUACUCACGAAACCAUUAACGAAAUGUAAACACUAUCGAAACGUCGAAAUGCUAUGUCUAAAUUAA